GUUUCGAGUUGAUGCGAAUUCGAGUUGACGGGAUCCUGUUCGGUGUUAAAAAUCGCCGUGUAAAUUACAGUUACGCUGAUAAUAUUUAUUUGUGGUUUGUACUCGUUUUGUGUAAAGUGUCUUAUUUUCCCUGCUAUUGCGGUAGUUAAUUAAAUAUUCAAUAUGGAUUUUCAAAUACCGUUCGUUUUUGUGUCACUCUUUUCCCUCGCCAGCGUUCUGCUGAUAUUUGUGUACAAAUUUGGAAUCAAAGAAAAAAGUUACGAAGAGGCAUUGGCUGAGCAACGCCAACAAACUCAAAUUCUGCUAGGAGUCAAACCCAAACUCAAGGAGAAAAAGAACAAAAAGACCGCGAAGAAGGUCAAAGAAAAACUUAGUCUUGGCGAGAAUCACGAAACAGUGGAAGAGCCGGAAUCGGAAGCCAACCAGAAAAGUGUGGAAAGUAGCAAGAAACUCCACGUGGAAUUCAAGGAGGUUCCAGAAGAAGUCUCGGUCAAACCACCAACUCCACCGGCAAAGAAACAAUCAAGGAAGGAAAAAGUUCGUCCUAUUUUGGUCAAAAAAGACAAGCUUGAAAACGGUGUUGAGGCCGUUGCUGACGAAACGCCCCAAACCAAUCAUUUUGAAGAGCUGCACCCUAAGGACGAUUUUGAGCUAAAAUUCCGUUCCGUGAGCGUUGAAGAGACUCCAAAUCAGGAGAAAAAUGUCGCUAAAGUUGAAACUGACCUGCACAAAAAACAACCCGAGACGGAAACCGUUCCGUUGUCUAAAGAAAACCACCAAGCCGUCACUUCAACCAUUAAUGGUUUUAUCAGUAACACCGGAAAAGAAAAGAAGAAGAAAAAAAGCGAGUUCAACACUUUGCAACAACUUGGUGAUAGUAACGGCCCCAACUUGUCGCUUCUCCUCAACUUGGUGCGUAAGGCUGAAUUGUCUCGUUCUGAAGUUCAGAUACUUAUUGAUCUCUUACUGAACAAGCAGCAUGAGGCUCCUGCCGUUUUGGACGAAUGGACUGAGGGCAAAACCGAUCCGGUCCAAAAACUCAAGAAACAACUAGCAGAAAAAGAAAAACUACUACAAGAAGAACAACAAAUCGCCACAAGUGCGCAAAACAAACUUCGCGAAAUACGCGCCGAAAAUCAGGCCGAAAAAUCACGCUUGCAGCAAAAAAUCCGAAACUUGGAAGAACUUGACCAGAAAAAACAACUCGAAGCGGGGAGACUUCACCAACAAGUCCAGCAAUUGCAAGCACAGCUUAAGGACGAAGUCCUCAAAAGCCACAAGUUGAGGGAGGAACACGCAGCCAUCCAGAUGCAAAGGCAACAGAUUGAAAUCAGACUGAGUCAAGCACAGGAGUCGGACGUUAUAAUAAAUCGGUUACAAACCGAAGUACAAGAAUUGGGGGCUUUGAACAACCAACUACGAAUGGAAUUGGCUCGUUUCACUGAGGAGAAUUUGGCGGAGAAAGAACGCAGCCAAUCGAUUAUUUUGCAACUGAGCAAUUUCCAAAAAGAACUAGAGCAAAAAACUGACCGGAAUCGCCAAUUGGAGGAGACACGUUUGAAGUUGGAGCGCGACUUGGACGCAAUUCUGAAGCAAGACAACGAAUACAAAGCCGAAAUUUCGCGUCUGACUAGCGUCCUGCAGCAGCAAAACGAAGAAAUCCGAAGAAUGGAACACGGGAAGAAGCAACACCUUGACGAGUUGCAGAAGCAAAAGGACGAAGCAAAUAAAAUGAGGAACGAGUUGAGAAAAGCACAGGAAGAGCGCAUGAACGGAUCGCUGCAAGAAAACAAGCAACACGAAGUGGAAAUUUUGAAUCUUCACAAUGAGUUAUCUUCGGUGAAAACAAAGUUACACCAGAGUGAAAAUGACUUGAAACUAGCCAAUGACACUGUUGAGACGUUGCAAAGGAAAGUGGACGAGUUGCAAGUGAGGUAUCAAGAGGAAAAGACUAAAGUAGAGGAGCAAAAAGUUAAAAAUAAUGAGUUGAGAACUAAAAAUUGGAAAGUUAUGGAGGCGUUAAAUGCUGCUGAAAGCAGGACCAAAAGUCACAAAACCAAUAUUCAGCAAAGUGAGAGGGAAUUUAUUCAGAGGUUGUUCCCCGAAAUCAAAAUUGAGGAAAUAAGUGAUGGGGAAAACUUCGUCAGGAAUUACAUUAAUGACUUGAAAAAACAAAAUAGUAAAGAAGGUGAUAGUCAGCUUCAGUUACAACUGAAACAUUACAAAGAUGUUAUAGAUAAUACGGAAAAAAUGUUAAAUAAGUUACAACAACACAUUGAACAGGAAGAAAUUAACUGGAGGAUGCAGUUGGCGGCGAAAACUGCCGAGUUAGAGCAAUUGAAAGAAAAUUGCGGUAGUGAGUUACAAGAAAAAUUGACUUCGUUGGAAUUAGAACUGAAGAAAGAACGUGAAGAUAAAAAGAGAGUUAUUGCACAACUUAACGAUAAAACCGACUUGAGAGAAAAUUCAUCCAAUGGAUUGCACUUGAGAUAGAUUGGAAUUUUUCGCUUCCACCAGUCUUAAUGAUAGGAUUUAGUAAAGAUAAAUAAUAUUGCAUAACUAAUUACAUUUCUUUAACUUAUUCAUCAUUUGUAGUAGGUAAUCGUUUCAUGUAUUUACUCAGUCAUUCCUCGCAUUGUGUGUGCAAUAAGUUUAUAAAUUUCAUACUUUAUGAUAAUAGGUCACGAUAUUUUUAAUAAAAGCAAUUUUCAAUUA